AGAGAGAGAGCUAGAAAGAGAGAGAGAGAGACAGAGAGAGAGAGAGAGAGAGGAGGGGGUAGGGGGAGAGAGAGUCGGCGAGGAAUGUUCUGCGGCGUGUUACGAAGCUUAACUCUUUCGCCUUUCGGAGGAUGAAAGCUGCCCAAAUGACAUCACUUUAACAAGAAACUUGACUGGCGAGUGAGCCGAGACGCAGCCUUCGCCGCUCCGCUCCGCUCGCUGGGCGAGAGAAACCGGCAACUGAGCGCCGAAAGCCAGAAGCAGUUUGAAGCGCAGGAGAAAUGGCAAAUUUAAAGUACGUCAUUAAUAUGGCGCCAAAAGAUUUUUAAGUAUGACUCCGGGAGCGUAUUUUUUGUUGUAAGGUUGCAAGAUCCAAUGUACGCCUGUGCAAUCACAAGAGAAGAAGACUAGGCAGCGAGCGAGCAGGGGAGAGAGAGGGUGGGAGAGAGAGAGAGAGGGAAAGGGAGAGAUGUUUUGGUAGCACGACGUUGCGAAACUAACCUGAUCUGACUUGUAAGGCAAUUUGAUCUGCCAGUUUCUGCAGGUUACGAAAGGAAGCAAGCACCUACUGUACAAUACAACCUGCACGAUCGGAUAUCAGUAUUGGAUUGGCAAAGACGAUGCGACAGGCUUGAACGCGAAGGAGCACACGAUUUGCAUUUCGGAAGAGAUCGUUACAAAGUCAUAAAAAAGAAAAAAGAUACACAGUUCGGUGGCUGCGUAGGCGGCCAUCUCCUUUUUUGGUUGUACCCCCCUUUUGGAUAUAAUAAAUGGAGUUGUUUCGAGUAUGCACUCCUGGAGGAGCAUCUAGCUAACGGUGUUCGGAAGCAACGUGGAAUGGUGCAAACGCCAGCCGCGCACCUCAAUGAUCUCCUAAUCCGACAGCAUCGUUGCCCUCCGGAUCUGAAGACGCGUCGCAUCCCAAAAGCGCCCUGCGACUAAGAUGGAAAACGGAAAGAAAAGGAGGAAAUACUCAACAAGCAGUAAUGAUUCGGAUACCACUGACAGCCAUGCAACCUCUUGGUCAAGAUGUUCCAAAAAUGUGAAUCCCAAAACCACCUGGGCUCGGCCGGAGGAGAAAAAACCAUCAGAGGUAUUCCGAACGGAUUUUAUAACAGCAAUGAAGUUGCCAGAUUCCUUCCAGCUAAGCCAGGAGGAGUUUUAUGUCCUCUCAGACCCCUGGAGACAAGAGUGGGAGAAGGGAGUCCAGGUGCCAGCCAACUUAGAGGCCAUCCCAGAGCCCCUGGUCAGGGUCUUACCAGAGGACAAUAGGAUUCCUUUCUAUUCAGCCUCGCCAAGUUCCCUGAACGGAUUGGAGGAAUCAGAGUCUGGCUAUGUGGACAUGAGAACCUCAAUGGAACGGCCCUGCCGCUAUGAUCUGGAUGACCUAGAUGCCAUGUGGCUGGAACUUGUCAAUGCAGAAUUCAGGGAACUGGCUCUGCCUGAACUUGAUGAGCUCACAAUGGAACGGGUACUUGAAGAACUGGAAAGCCAGUGCUCCGAGAACAUGCAGAUUGCCAUAGAAACUGAAGAAGGGCUGGGCAUCGAGUAUGAUGAAGAUGUUGUGUGUGACGUUUGUCGCUCCCCUGAAGGAGAGGAUGGCAAUGAAAUGGUCUUCUGUGACAAGUGCAACAUCUGUGUUCAUCAGGCCUGUUAUGGGAUCCUGAAAGUGCCCCUGGGAAACUGGCUGUGUAGGACCUGUGCACUUGGGGUCCAACCAAAAUGCCUGUUGUGCCCCAAAAGAGGAGGAGCCUUGAAACCGACUCGAAGUGGAACAAAGUGGAUCCAUGUCAGCUGUGCCUUAUGGAUACCUGAAGUCAGCAUUGGGUGUCCAGAGAAGAUGGAGCCAAUUACAAAGUUGUCUCACAUCCCGCAAAAUAGGUGGGCCUUGGUCUGCAGUCUGUGCAAGGAGCACACUGGCACAUGCAUUCAGUGUUCUAUGCCCUCCUGUGUUGUAGCCUUCCAUGUCACAUGUGCAUUUGAUCAUGGCCUAGAAAUGAGGACAAUACUGGCUGAGAAUGAUGAGGUGCGGUUUAAAUCCUAUUGCCUAGAACACAGCAGCAACUGUGGCUCUGGAAACAGCAAAGGAGAUAGGAGUGAGUCAAGACUUCAACCAACAGGGGGUGCAUCUGAACUAAAUGGACUGCAGGCUGCACCAGACAAAGUGGACAAGAGUGAGCUGGAGAAGGCCAGCCAACGAAAGCAAAAGCUGCAAGAACUAGAGGAGGAAUUUUACAGGCUAGUCAACCCAUCGGAUGUGGCUGAGAACUUGGGCCUUCCAGAUUCCCAUGUUGACUUUGUCUACCAGUUCUGGAAACUCAAAAGGAAGUCAAAUUUCAAUCAACCUCUUCUGGCACCCAAGCGGGAUGAAGUGGACAAUCUUGCCCAACAGGAGCAGGACGUCCUAUACCGUCGCCUAAAACUUUUUACCCAUCUACGGCAGGACCUGGAGAGGGUACGCAAUCUGUGUUACAUGUUAACAAGGAGAGAGAAGAUGAAGCAGUCCCUCUGCACGCUUCAAGAAAAGAUCUUCAACCUUCAGAUUCAGCUCAUUGAAGAAGACUUGGCUAGAGAAAAAGCUGGGAAAGGACCUAAAGGCAAGGUGAAUGGCACAAAAGAACGCCGGAGAGAACGGAGGAAGGACAGCCCAGAGAUAAAGGAAAGGUGGAAAGCAGAAGAUGGAUCACUACUCAAGCAGCUAGGUUUGUCCAAGACCUUUCCAAUUGAUGAGGCUCUCUUCAAUAGCUGGCUUGCACAGUCUGUACAGAUCACUACAGAGGAUAUGCUGAACCAGUGGUCUCUCCAUGAUCGACAAAAGAAGAAAACUGGCAACCUUCUGUCCGAUCAGCUGCUUCAGGAUGAACAGAGCCUUCUGAGCCUCAUGAUGGACCACUCAGUAAAGCCUGCCUGGAAGACGCACCAGGCUGGAAAAAGAGCUAGGGGGACCUCAAAGGGGAAGAAUCUCAAGACCACUUCCUCUUCUUCCUCAAAGGAAAGCAAGGACUGUGGACACUCUGAUGAACCAGGGACCCAAGACAAGAGUGUGAAUUCUUCAAGAAGAUCUUCAAACCACGUAGAGAAAUCAAAACCUUCCAAAACAGUACAGAACCAUAACCGCCGAAACAGUGAGACCAAACUAGAUUCUGGGAAAGCAGCCACACAGCCUUCAGUUACUAAAAUGAAUUCCUGUCACAAUUCCGUGGAGAAAAGUCAAAGUGUCGUCCACCCUGAGCAAAAUCUGGAACUCGGCCAUCCAGUCAAAGUGCCUGAGGCAGCUAAAGCUGUGGUACGGUUCAGACUACCAAAACAGGGUAAGUCCAAAUCAAAAGCAUGCAGCCCUGGCCCAGCUGCAAGCCGUGAACAUAUAGGAAAGGACGCCUUGUUGUUUGACAGUGAGAUUGAUGGCUACUAUUCUGAUGCGGAAAUGAGAGAUUCCGAUAUCCAGUGCAGCAGUGCGAAACUCCAUCUUGGCCAACUGCACCCUGGAGGUGAGGACUUUGUCAGGAGAAGCGUGUUGGCGUCAUAAAAUGAAGAGGGAAAAGUGGACGGCGAUGGCAGCAAAAUUCAGCGCAGAAGCAAAGCCUGAACCCAGUAACAACUGCCAUGUCUUUUACUUUUUCUAGUUCACGUCACGGCUAAUUUCUGAUUCCAUCCCACAACCAAAACCAGAAAGCCGAGGCCUUAGUGUCCCUGCAGAAGCCCAGCAACAUUGCAGGCCUUUAUUCCUUCAUUUGCAGGGGAUGAAAAAGUAAAGUCUGUGCAUUACCAAGGAGAUGAUAUCCCACAUGUACGCAUGUAUUUUGUAUGUAAAUCAUUGUGACAUUGACGUUUCAGCUAGACUAGCCUUUCAUCACAGGCUCCAUUGGCAACCUUUGCCAGUAUUAACAGCAUAAGCAGGGAUAUUUAACUUAGGGGCAUUAAAAACAAGGAGCUGAUUCCAAUGUCAUGACUUCCUUUAGAGUGACGGAAAUGUAUGCAGUUGGAACAUUUUUUAACAUAUCGAACGGUCUUAAGUAGGAACCUCUAAGUAAAUUAAAGAGCUGAAGUUAAAAAAGAUAACAAGCACAAGGGGUUUAUGGGUAACUUGACGCACUCACCUGCAGCAUAGGAAAGUUGCAAAUUUUUGAAUUCUUCCAAUUUACAAAAUAUUGAAAUACUGCUUUACUUUAGACCAGUUGACACACCUUUAAAGUUUAGAGGGCUCUACUCCCAAAUGUUUUGACGCUUUCAGCUUUUAUUUGUCUCCUAUGUUAAUGAUGUCUGGUCUAAAUGAACUAACAAGGUUGUUAAAUUAAGAAAGAGUUUCCUUUAGCAAAGUUCCGUUGGUUGGUUGCUUUCUGGUCUAAGAAGGACUGUGACAACCAUUGAAUCGGAAUAUGAAGUAAGGGCUUGUAAAAAUGGAUUUUGGUUUUACCUUUUGAUCUUGUAAAGCUCGUGAUGGGUGGUCAUUUAUGGCAGUGAACCUUUUUUUCAAAUCUGUGUUUUUGGUUGCCAUAAAAACAA